AGGAACAUCUCACGAAGGAGGCGCUUGACACAUUAAAUUACCUUGAACAGCUGCUGGCAGGAUUGUUGAAUUAUUUUCUGACGUUUUCCCAUUUCAGCACAACAUUGCAUAUUUAUUUUUUUUGUCUUUGAGGUGUCCCUGUAAGUCGCAGCCCUGCAUUCCAAAAAGGAAGACGAGUACUUCGCCAUGAGCUCCGACGGGGAUGGUGACAUGGAGAAUCAGGCUGAGCUGGAAGAAAAGACCAGGCUUAUAAACCAGGUGUUGGAGCUUCAGCACACUCUAGAAGACCUGUCGUCACGUGUGGAUGCGGUGAAGGAGGAGAACCUGAAGUUGAAGUCUGAGAACCAGGUUCUGGGUCAGUACAUCGAGAACCUUAUGUCUGCCUCCAGCGUGUUCCAGACCACUGACACCAAGAGCAAACGAAAAUAAGGGACCAGACAAGAACCGCCACUGCCCUCCUAAACCAACCCCCCUCUACCUUCAGCCCUCCUAACCCAAAUACCACCCAAUAAACCCCCCUGAACUACAGCUGGUAGAGUUUAUGCCUUUGUCGUCAUGACAUCCAUAGCCCUAGACCCUCCCCUCACUUCGCCACCUUUAAGACUUCUGCAGUGAAGCUCAAUUGUUUACGUUGGGUUACUUUUUAACUUUUCUAUUUAUGUUACAGUAUUAUUGCCAUUGUUACACAGUUGUUGUAUCCGACUUUGUUAUUUCUGGGUGUAUAUGUUUAUUUUACGACACAUAACCUCGCCGGAAGGAAGAGACGAGGGAACCGUGUCAUUUCAGAUUGCCUAGUAGUCUAAAUAGGUUUGUAAAAUUACGGUAACUAUCCCAAAAGUCUCCGGUUUUCCAGAGAUCUCAGUUAGAGUAUUCCCAGAUUUACUGCUUAUCCACGUCUAAUUACAGGAAUCUUCCAGCCAGGAUUUCUAGAAAAGCCAGGGAAUUUGGAGAAAGUUACUGGAAUUAUGCAACCCUAAGGGCUCUCUAUUCAAUCCGCAUUGCGGAAGUUCAGCUUUACAGCGUGAUUGAAAUUUAAAGGCAAUGUUCCCGCUUUAGCAGAGACCUCAUUCACGGUAAACGCUGCAUAUGUCGGCUCAAUGGGAAAUGACCUUUACAUUCCUAUCGCGGAAUCUGUAACACUUCAGCUUUACAGCUUGAACAGAGCCCUAAGGUCAUCAUGUUUUAAUAUUGUAUGCUUUAAUAUUGUUUGUCAUCAAUAUUAUUAGACUAUGCUUUUAGGUCUAGGCUCAAUUGCAAUGAUGAUUCUCUCCACUGGCAAAGUUUUCAUCAAACACACGAUGUUAAAACAGAGUUCAGCCCUUGUAUUUUCUACAAUCAAUUGUCAUUGAAUGAACAAUUUGGGGCUUGCGCAUGUGCAUCAAUGGUAGAGCAAGUUGAUUCGUUGCAUUUUUCAGCCAGUGGAAGUCACCCUAAACCUUGGUGUGUAGCCGUUGUGUACAUUUGACCGUUAUGUUCUUUUUUUAAAUGCAUUUGUUUUAAUAAAAGUGAUUUGCUUUUGAGUGUA